UACUGCACACACUUGAGUGGCACAAGAAUACAAUAGUAUAACACGGGACGUCUUCAACAAUGACACACCAGAAGAUCAGAAAGCGAUUUUUUUUUGGAUGGGAAAGAAGAAAUUAAUAAACAAAAACGAAUGAAUGAAAAGAGCACCGACAGCUAUUUUAGGUCACCGCAUUGCCUAUAGCCUGUCAUAACGGGAAACACUGUGCGGUACUUAUUAGAUAUGGUACAGCUAUGUAUGGGACCGUUUCAUGCAGUCUUGUAAACAUGCACCUAUUCGGCAUUAGUCUACGGUUUAUUCCAAAUGGCUUCUGAAGGAGUGGAAGUGAUGGAUUCCGAUAACAAUAGAUUGUGAUGAAUGAAAGGCAAGCUGGUGGAAUCAGUUUUUCAUGCGCUGGAGGGGUAGUUGGCGCCCGGGAUAUACUACAGCGAAAGGGAACGAAAAAGGUGCAGGAGAUGCUUGCUUACCAUCCCAGAAAAGAAGUUCACCAUUUAUUUUACCUUGAUUCUUGACACAACUGGAGAGAUGAGCGUUAGCGUAUCAGAUUUCUAUCAAUAUGCUACCUUUGCGUGAUGACUGGAUGUGUGGAGCAACUGUUUUACUAUUAUGGAGCCUCUUGAUGUAGGUGGACGUAUUCAGAGGAAAUAACCUCAUUCGCUCGCUUUUCAAAAACCUUUACGGAUAUUGGAAUUUUGGCGUCUGUUUAGGUUGCAGGAACACACACCGCAAGGAUGCCAGGAGUUCUGUCGCCUGCCCAAGCGCUCUACAUUGGGAUGGAAGUGGCGAUUGCCGUUUUCUCCGUCCUGGGCAACGUGAUGGUGGUUUGGGCGGUAAAAAUUAAUCGGUCACUCAGGGACACAACAUUUUGUUUCAUAGUGUCUCUGGCGCUGGCUGACAUCGCGGUGGGGGCUCUCGUUAUACCUCUGGCCAUAACUAUCAGUAUCGGACUCCAGACGCAUUUCUAUAGCUGCCUGCUCGUGGCGUGCACAGUGCUGGUACUGACGCAAAGUUCAAUCCUCGCCCUCCUGGCUAUCGCCAUCGACCGGUACCUAAGGGUCAAGAUACCAACCAGCUACAAGCGGGUGGUGACACCACGGCGGGCAGGGACGGCGGUUGUGGCCUGCUGGACCGUGGCCUUCAUCGUGGGCCUGACGCCCAUGCUGGGCUGGAACAACCUGCAGAGGCUCCAGGAGAACGGCUCCAUCGGGCCUGACCUGGUCAUCACCUGCCAGUUCGAGACGGUCAUCAGCAUGGAGUACAUGGUCUACUUCAACUUCUUCGGCUGGGUGCUGCCUCCGCUCCUGCUCAUGGUCCUCAUCUACGCCGAGAUCUUCUACAUGAUCCACAGGCAGCUGAACAAGAAGGUGAGCGCCAGCCACGCCGACCCCAGCAAGUACUACGACAAGGAGCUGAAGCUGGCCAAGUCGCUGGCCCUGGUCCUCUUCCUGUUUGCCCUCAGCUGGCUGCCCCUGCACAUCCUCAACUGCAUCACGCUCUUCUGCCCUGACUGCCACAAACCCAUGUUCCUUAUCUACAUCGCCAUCCUGCUCACCCACGGCAACUCCGCCGUCAACCCCGUGGUCUACGCCUUCCGGAUCAAGAAGUUCCGCACCGCCUUCCUCAAAAUCUGGAAGCAGUACUUCUGCUGCAAGGACGCGGCCGCCCUGCCCAGCCAGCCCAGCGAGAGGAUGGACAGCCACAUCGAGCUGCCUCGGCCGGAGAAACCCAAGAAGAUGGAGGAGCAGGAGAUGCAGCAGAACGCCAUCUGACCCAGGCGUAUCGGGAGGGUGGGGAAUCGAGAGGCAGAAAUUGGAGGAAUUUUCCAGAAUUCCCUGCCCCUCCUCUGGAAAGAGCUUGAUCUUUGACCGUUAACGUCCGUUAACCGGUGCCAUGCCGAGUGUAAGCCCCUGGCAGUGACCGAGAG